GUAGGAUCCUGUACGGAUCAUUUAGGUAGGAUUAUGGGGUCCUUUUAACGUUAUCCUGGGGCUCGGGGGAGUGGGGCAUUGACCCCGAGACAGUAGACGGGGGGGCUGGGCCGCCCCCCAAGAUACGGCUCCCGGUUUUUUUUUGCAGCCGUGCGGCGUCAAAUGACCACCGCAAUCUCCCUUCUCCUUGCCUCGGCAUCCUUCUUUCUAUCUUCAUUCGCCUCCAAUGCAUCGUUAUCGACUACAUGAGUCUUGAGGAGAUUCACUUUGAAGCCAUGCGCCAGCCAUCACAGCCUCGAAUUUCCACCUCGGAAGAAACUCGGUAGCAUUUUCCCAACUUUUGGCCCCGACCAACCUCUUUCCCGAUGAGCUUUUCGCGCUCCUGCCGGCGCCCCCGGCGCCUGGCGCUGGUGGCGCUCAUGCUCUGCGCCUCGUCGAUACUCACCUUGUAUAUCAUGGCGCCGCCGACAUGGGAAUUCGCGCCGCUGAACUUCUUCGAAGACCACUCAGUGAAGCGGAUGCCCGUGGCCGAGCCGCUGGCCCCGCUCAGCAAGCGGGUGGCAUGCCAGGGGCCUAGGGGUCGCGACUUGUCGUCCAGCCCCGAUGACGAGCUGCUAUCCGUAAAGCUGAACAUCUCGUAUCCAACUCCGUUUAUCGGGUCGCACAAAGACCUUGGCCUCGAACAGACGUGGAUGACGGUCGAUGGUCGAUACGGGCCGUACGGGUAUGGAGAGGAGGACGGGGCCUACGGUCGGGCGAAGGUCGACUGGGACAAGGUGAAUUGGGGAGGGCUGCAGAACAAGUGCUUUGAGCAGAACAAGCAACGAUUCCCCAGGGCAGCGACCGGGUUCACAAACGAGCCGAGGUUCCGCCCGACGGACGCGGAGGUGCCUCCAGCUGUUCCGACCUGGGACCAGUUCAACAGCACCAGGCGGACGGCGAUCGUGGUCCGUGCCUACAACGGCUUCCACUACAAGCCCGAGGACAUGUUCAACCUCCGGUCGCUCAUGGUGGAGACGUCGCUGAGGACGGGCGGGGAAUACGCCGUGGUGCUGCUGGUCAAUAUCCGGGGCAAAGACAGCAACAUCUUCGCGUCCAAGGAGAGCUACGACAAGGCCUUCGAAGCGGCCAACAUCCCCGAGGAGUUCCAUUCGAUCGCGCUGCUAUGGGACGAGGCCCUCCUCAAGAGCUGGUACCCCAAGGUCGGGGAGCACAGGACCGAGUGGCAGGUGUUCCAGCCGCUGCAGCUGUUCGCGCUGCACUACCCGGAGUUCGACCACUACUGGCAGCUGGAGAUGGACGUGCGCUUCCUCGGCGACGCGGGCGCGUACCUCGACGCGGUCUCGGCCUUUGCGCGCGCCGAGCCCCGCAAGCAGGCCCUCGAGCGCAGCACCUUCCCCCACGUGCCCGCCGAGGACGGCGACUACGCCGCCUUCGCUGCCGCCGUCGACGCCGCCAACGCGGGGGGGUCGCGCGUCUGGGGCCCCGUGCGCAUCCCCGACGUGUCGCCCAUCGGGCCCGUGCCGCCCGUCCGACGGCCCCGGGACGACGCACGCGGCGCCGGAGCCUGGGGCGUGGGCGAGGACGCCGACGUGGUGGUGACGUCGGCGUGCGCCGACGCGACUUCGUCCACCACGUGGGUGUACCGCGACUGGGUGGGCGGGCUGCGGCGCGGGCGCGACACACCCCGGCUCUUCUGCCCGCCGGCCAUCAUGCGGUCGAGCAGGGCCCUCCUGCUGGCCGUGCACGACGCGCAGGUGCGGCUCGGGGUGCGCCUGCCGAGCGAGUCGACGCUGCCGAGCUUCGCCAUGUGGCAUGGCCUCAAGAUGAGCUAUCCGCCGCAGCCCGUGUACUUCGGGCGGCGGGACGAUGCGGAACUGGCGAGGGACUGGUAUCGUGGUGGGCCGAGGAACUCGUCGGGCGGGUUGGGCCCGUCGGAUCCGCAGCGCUCGCCCGAGGGGGGGUUGUCGUGGUGGUGGGAGAAUAAGUGGCCGAGGGAGAUUGUCGACGCGUGGGUCGCGGGCGACGCCGGGCGGGCGGACUUGCCGUAUCUGCUUGGUGUUGAGGGCGGGAGGGUGUAUGCGCCUAAUGUGGCGCUCCAUCCGGUCAAGACUCAGUGAUGCGUGUAGGGCGUACCUGUUGAUGGCAUCGGGUGCGUUGUCUGGCGGGCAUAGGACUGUGGAAUUGGCGCCCGCCUUUUUUGUAUAUUACGGAGCAUUGGAUACCCUGUUUGGAGGAUUGGCCCUCUGCCUUUAGCAGCAUAGUUCAUACAUCAUCAUUAUCGCCGUCGUCCUCAUGGUUUUGGCAGUUCGCGAGUUGUUGUUGAAGUUUCCCUGGUC